UGGUUCCCUUUUCCAGUAUUGUGGAACUUUCGAGGUAGCGAGUGACAUUUUAUUCGCGCGCUCAACAUGAAACAACUAGCUAGUAUUAUUGUGAUGUUAGCAGCAGUUCGUCUGGCAUGGUGCCAACACAGUUUCACCGAUAUAGAGGACGAUGGUGUUGGUAGAGGGAAACGCGGUAUAGACAGAGUCGGCAGCGGUCUGAUAAAGCGGACGUUUGGUGACGACACCAAGCGUGCAGUGGACAGCCUAGGAAGUGGGUUGUUUAAACGCGGGGAUAGUGUCAUAGACAAGCUGCGCCCAACAGUCGAGUUUCUCAUUUUACAGUCUCUAAUGGAACAAAAUGGACACCAGCAACAGGAAAAACGGAUGUUGGAUAAAGUCGGGAUGGGAUUGAUAAAGAAACGUCUUCUUGAUCGAGUAGGAAUGGGUCUGAUUAAACGGCCUUUAGACCAUUUGGGUACGGGUCUUAUUAAGCGACAACUAGAUCGAGUAGGAAUGGGAUUAAUCAAACGAAUUCCAGAUUACAUAAACCCUAUAAAAGUGAUUGGAACUCCAAAACGAAGCAUAGAUCGACUUGGUGCCGGAUUGAUAAAACGCUUCGACGACGAAAGUGCACCAGAAAAGAGAAUGCUUGACAGAAUGGGAUCAGGCUUAAUCAAGCGUGCUGAUGACAUGGACGAUGGACAUAUUGACGAUAAACGUCUCAUAGAUAAUUUGGGAUCAGGUUUGAUCAAACGUCUGAGUGAAGACGAAAAUAGAAACAACAAGCGAAUGUUGGACAGAAUGGGAUCUGGAUUGAUCAAACGUCUUACUGACGAUGACUCAAAGGAAGAGAAGCGAAUGCUCGAUAGAAUGGGCUCAGGUCUAAUCAAGCGUUUCAAUAACAACGAAAACAAUGAAAUGGACAAACGUUACCUAGAUAGAAUGGGAUCCGGAUUAAUAAAGCGCAUGAAUGACGAUGACGUAGGAAUGAAUAAGCGUUAUAUCGAUAGGAUGGGAUCUGGUCUAAUCAAACGAUCUGAUACCAAAUGAACGGGUAGACAAAAUGAUGUUGGACAAAAUCGUUACUGGCCCUGCACGAUGAGGUCUUGUACAUUUUAUAAAAAUGAUAUCUUCUAUUGCGGUUAUCAUCAACACGCUUUAUAAUUGUUGUUAUUUUCCUACGAAAUUCCAUGUAAUGUCAUUUAUCAUGAGAUAUAUGUUAACUUGGUCGCUUCAUUGAGACGAAAUAUUCAUUUAAUUCUAUUGUUUUUGUACAUAAAAUGAUAUUUUAUAUAAUGUACCUGUGUAUAUAUGAGAUGACUAAUGAUCUUCUUAAUGAAUUACAUGUAUACUGUUUUCUUCUACUGCAUCACAAGAAUAAAGUAUUUAUUACAAAUAA